UAUCUCCGCCCUCUUCCUCUAGCUGUCUUUAUCUAUUCUUCAUUGUCUUCUUCUAAUGCACCAAACUUGUGAUUGUAACCCUAGAUCUGCCAUCAAUUUUCUUCUGUGUUAUAACUUCGACAUAGAAUUUUUUAUUGAUUUAUGUAUGGUCUUUUUCUGAUGAAAAUUUGGCAUUUUUAUUGGUGUCGAGUGAAUACGGUUCAAGUUGAAUUACUGUAAGUUAGAUAUAAUUUCAUAGAGUUUUGAUAUGUAGCGUAGUAUGUCGAUAUAUGGGUUUUGGUGGGUUUUUGAUCAAUCAACGAUCGCCCUAUUGUUCUUGAGAUCUUUGGGCAUGGAACUCUAUGAAACUUUGAGAAGAAUUGGCAAGGAACAUGAAAUAAAAAUAUAUCAUUUUUAUUUAAUCUGCCUACUAUUUAACUAAGUGAUGUGUUCUACAAUCUUUGUUAAGGGAGACUGUAGCUUUUUUUUCUCCCCUUUUACCUUAAAAGAUCCCCCUUCCUUCCAUUUGCAACUUCAGCCACAUUGCUUUUUCCAAGAUUCCUAGAGAGUGCAAUGGGAUGACUUAUGCAACCCAUUUUAUAUUAAUCGAGUCUACACAUAAAUAUUUUUGGGUUUCUAUGUCAUUCAUUGGUUAAAGAAUUAAACUGUAUCUCGACCUGGCUCUUCAUCUUAGCUCUAUGUGUUAGACCCCUCUCCAGGUUGUAAGGAUAUUGCAAGUAGUAUAUAUUCAAGCAUUCAGAUGCCUACCAUUACAUGUCUCCACUAAUCUUUAUUUCUAUUUGAUGUGCAUUUCAGCAUUUCUAAGAAAUUUCUGAGUCUUCUAAUUAGUAUAACUGCAAGCUGAUGUUUUCACAACUCCAACUUUGUUUGUGGUCUUCAACCCGGAAUUCUUAUUGUCUUUUGGACUCCAUCAUAGUUAGGAUGUGUAUUUGCAGGUUUUGAACUCCUCUCUAUCAAAGAAUGUUAAAAAACCAAUAAAUUGUUUCUAAUAAAUUAUAUAUUGCAACUCUUAGCCUAAAGUUUCUUAUGCUGUUUUCUUCUUCUUUAUUUUAGCAACUAAAAGCAACUUCUCAGCUUAUUCAAACUUGUUCAUCUGCCUCAAACUAGUUCCUGAGAGCUCCAAUAAACCAAAAGUUUGCAGUGCUUGAAGAUUCGCUUAUGAGAAUUGCAUUGAUGAUCUAAAGUUCCCACAUUAAGAAAAUGUUUUAAAUUUGAGUUCAAUUGUUUACAUCGGAAGUUGUUCAUGGGACCUACAACGAAGAACUUGGGGAUUGGCUGCUUUAACACAAGUAAUUUAUGGAGUUAAUUGUGGUUCACUGAAAGUGCCUGAGAAAUCCCGUCCAUUCUCCUUUGAUUUUCUAUUGUGAUUAUAUAUGGGCUGAAUGCACAUUUCAUGGGAGGUUUAGAGGAUGACGAACCACCCUCAAAACGUGUGAAAGCAUCUACUAGAGAACUAAAAGGUCUUUCAAACGGUGAGUCUCUAAAAGAACCUGCAAGUUGCUCAUUCGGUGCUUCAAUGGCCCGACCCCUAGCUUCCCAAGGGGAUGAUGAAGUAAUUGGUUCAAAGGGGGUUAAGAAAGUGGAAUUUGUUAGAAUUAUAGCCGAGGCACUAUAUUCUCUCGGGUAUAGUAAGACUGGGGCUUGCCUUGAAGAAGAGUCAGGAAUACCUUUUCACUCAUCUACAGUCAGUGUCUUCAUCCAACAAAUUCUUGAUGGCAAUUGGGAUGGAAGUUUAGCUUCGUUACACAAAAUUGGUAUAGUGGAUGAAUCUAUUAUUAAGUCAGCAUCCUUUAUAAUAUUACAACAGAAAUUCUUUGAACUUCUGGAUCAUGAAAAGUUGAUGGAAGCUUUGAAAACACUGAGGACUGAGAUAUCACCUCUUUCAAUUAACAGCAACAAAGUCCGUGAGCUUUCUUCGUUCAUUUUGUCUCCAACAUACAGUAUAGUUGAUGGAAUUUCUGGUCAAGGAAUGGUCAAAUCAAAGCCUCGAUCAGAGCUACUCGAGGAUUUGCAAAAAUUGUUUCCUCCAACAGUGAUGAUACCAGAUAGAAGGUUGUUACAAUUAAUAGAACAAGCUCUUGACUUACAACGGGAAGCUUGCUUGUUUCACAAUUCUUCAGUUGGGGAAACAUCAUUGUUCACUGAUCAUCAUUGUGGAAAAGAUCAGAUUCCUUCACAAACAGUUCAGAUUUUACAAGACCACCACGAUGAAGUCUGGUACUUGCAAUUUUCUCAAAAUGGGAAAUACUUGGCAUCAUCAUCAAGUGAUAAUUCAGCAAUUAUUUGGGAGGUUGAUUUGAAUGGUAAAGUCUCGCUGAAACAUAGAUUAAUCGGCCAUCAAAAACCCGUCUCCUGCCUUUCAUGGAGCCCAGAUGAUGAUCAGAUCCUCACAUGCGGUGAAGAGGAAGUUGUCAGGCGUUGGGAUGUUUCUUCUGGCAAAUGUCUUCAGGUUUAUGAGAAGGGACUUGUUGGUUUAAUCUCCUGCAGUUGGUCUCCAGAUGGUAAAUGUGUAUUCUCAGGGUUGACUGAUAAAAGCAUAAUAAUGUGGGAUUUGGAUGGAAAAGAGAUGGAGUGUUUGAAAGGUCAAAAAACUAUUAGGAUCUCUGACUUGCAAAUAACAAGCGAUGGGAAAUUGAUAAUUACAAUUUGUAAGGAAACCAUGAUACUUCUACUUGACAGAGAAUCAAGAGCUGAAAGAUGCAUCGAGGAAGAUCAGAUGAUAGUUUCCUUUACACUAUCUAGAGACAAUAAGUACCUUCUGGUUAGUCUUGUGAAUGAAGAAUUACAUCUUUGGAGUAUCCAGGGCCAUGUUCGACUUGUUGCAAAGUAUAAAGGUCACAGACGGUCUCGCUUUAUUGUUAGGGCUUGCUUUGGUGGACUCGAGCAAGCGUUCAUUGCUAGCGGCAGUGAAGAUUCUCAGGUUUAUAUAUGGCACAGAGGAUCAGGAGAGCUAAUCGAGACACUGGGAGGUCAUUCUGGGGCGGUUAACUGUAUCAGCUGGAAUCCAGCAAACCCGCAUAUGUUGGCAUCAGCAAGUGAUGAUCGUUCAAUACGCAUCUGGGGGUUAAAACAAUUACAUUCAAAACGGAAAGGUAAAGAGAAAUCGCCAUCCAACAAUGGCAUUCACUAUUGCAAUGGAGCAACAGUUUGAAUAACUUAUAUUUCCUUGUAAAUACACAUGACUUGCUCUGCUUACCACCACCAUCGCCAUCAUCAUCACCGGAUAUUUGUAAUUGUAAUUUGAAUCUUAAAUCCACACUUCUCUAUCAUCCUAAUAAACAUUCUCUACUGCUUUUAUGUGUGGCAA